CAAUAGUCUCUCACCAUCUCGCGAAACGGGCCAAACAGGCCACUGCAAAGAGUCAGUCUACUCUCUGCAUACGUUUUGGCGGAGGAUUCAGUCUUCUUGUUUUCCAGAAACACAAUCUUCACAUUGUUACUCCAGAAAUGUCAUUCAAGGGCAAGGAGGUCGCCACCGGAGGCAGCAGCGGCAAGCGGAAGAGCGGCGGAAGUGCUGAGGAAGAUAAACCAGGCGGUAGUCAUCGGAAGAGGAAAAACCGCGAGGUUCUUCAGUUCUUCGAAGAUGCUGCUGACAUUGACGAAGACGAGUACGAAAGCGAUAACUGUGAUUUUGAUGAAGAAGAAUUUGAUAUUGAGCUGAAAGUCAAGAAAGAACCAGUAAGAACCCCAAACGACCCAUUUAUACCCAAAGAGGAGGUCAUGGAUGAGGAGGAAUUUGAUAAGAUGAUGGAAGAACGUUACAAAGACGGUUCUAGAUUCGUCAAUUAUGCUGAAGAUGCUUAUGAGGCUAAAUCAAUGGAAAGAAAUUCUCUUUUUCCAUCCACUAGGGAUCCAACUAUUUGGAAGGUCAAAUGCAUGGUUGGACGAGAACGACAUUCAGCUUUCUGCCUUAUGCAGAAGUUUGUUGAUCUGAAAUCUCUAGGUACCAAGCUGCAGAUAAUUUCUGUUUUUGCUGUUGACCAUGUAAAGGGUUUUAUUUAUAUUGAAGCUGACAAGCAAUGUGAUAUUAAUGAGGCUUGUAAAGGGCUUUGUAGCAUAUAUUCUACUAGAGUGGCAACAGUGCCAACAAAUGAAGUGGCUCAUUUGCUCUCUGUGCGAGGUAAAUCCAAUGUGGUUAGUGAGGGCAUGUGGGCCCGUAUUAAGAAUGGGAAAUACAAAGGAGACCUUGCACAGGUUGUUGCUGUAAAUGAUGCACGGAAAAGAGCAACAGUAAAGCUUAUUCCGAGAAUUGACCUGCAAGCAAUGGCACAAAAAUUUGGCGGAGGAGUCUCUAUGAAGAAUGCUGCUGUACCUGCUCCAAGAUUGAUCAGCUCAAGUGAACUAGAGGAGUUCCGGCCCCUUGUGCAAUAUAGGCGUGACCGUGAUACAGGCAAGAUGUUUGAGGUUCUUGAUGGUCUAUUGCUGAAGGAUGGCUAUUUGUAUAAAAAAGUUUCUGUAGAUUCAUUAAGCUGCUGGGGUGUUAUGCCAUCAGAAGAGGAACUGUUGAAGUUCCAGCCUGCUGAGAAUAAUAAUUCUGAUAAUUCAGAGUGGCUUAAACAGCUUUAUGGUACACCAAAGAAAAAACGAGUAAUUGGAAAUGAAAAAGGUGGUGAGAAAGGAGAAAGCUCAUCAGGGUCUGGUGGUUUUGGACUGUAUGAUCUUGUGUGUUUUGGCCGCAAAGAUUUUGGUCUUAUUGUAGGCAUGGAGAAGGGUGACUAUUACAAGAUUCUAAAAGAUGGACCAGAGGCGCCGAUUGUGGUGAGCAUUGGGCAGCAUGAGUUAAAAAAUGGACCCUCUGAUAUGAAAUUUACUGCUUUGGAUCACAAUACAAAAACUAUAUCAAUCAAUGAUACUGUCAGGGUGUUGGAAGGUCCAUUAAAGGAUAGGCAAGGAAUUGUUAAACAAAUAUACAGAGGAGUUGUUUUUAUAUAUGAUCAGAAUGAUACCGAAAAUAAUGGUGGUUAUUUCUGUUCUAAAGCUCAAAUGUGCGAGAAAGUCAAGCUUUCUUUUGACGACUGUUGUGAAAAGGAUGGCGAAGGCACCCUAGGCUUUGAAGAUUUCCCGUCAUCUCCCAAAUCCCCUCUUUCACCUAAAAGACCAUGGCAAACAAGGGAAAGUAAUCGAGAUUUCAAUCAGGGAGAUAAGGAUGGAAUGUUCUCCAUUGGCCAGACCUUGAGAAUCCGAGUAGGGCCUUUGAAGGGGUACCUCUGCCGUGUCUUGGCCAUACGUUAUUCUGAUGUUACUGUUAAGCUUGAUUCUCAGCAGAAAGUUCUUACAGUAAAACGUGAGCAUCUCUCUGAGGUUCGUGGGAAGAGCUCUACUAUGCCUGCAAGUGAGGAUCCAGGAUCCAACAAUUUCAAACUUGAUCUGCUUGGAACAGGAGGUGGCUCUACAGGUUGGACGAAUGGAGCAGGAACAUCAGCUGAUGGUGGGGGCUGGAAUACAGGAGUUGUCCCUACUGAAGGGAGCUCUUGGCCUAGCUUCAAGCUUCAACCUGAAUCCAGUCUUGCAAAUUCAUCGGGAUCUGCAGUAGAUGCUUCUUGGGAGAGGAAGGUAACUUCAGAUCAGAAUUCAUCAUGGGGAGUGGUUGCAGUUGAUGGCAAAGCUGCUGCUAACAAUGAUGAAGCACAAGGUUGGGGGAAGAGUGAGGAUUGUUGGAACAAACCUGCAACAAAUAUAGGGUCCAACGGUGCUGAUUCUGUUGGCUGGGGUCAAGCAAAAUUUGAUAGUGGAAAUUCUACAACUGAUGCUGCAGCUGCUUGGAAUAAGCCAAAAACUGUUAUUGGAAAUCCAACCAGCAGUUGGGGAGAUGUGGCUAGUGGGAAGAAUAAGCUGGGUGCUUGGGGCGGUGGUAAAGAUGUAGCGGAAUCGGGAUCCUGGGAGAAGAGUAAAAGCUCUGCUCCAGGCGAGGACAACUUGAAUAGGGGUACUGAAUGGAAUCAACAGAAAUCUCAGAGCAAAGAGUCUGCUUGGGGAAGUAUUGCUGAAGCCCGAAAAGAAGAUACUGUUCAAGGAGAUCCUUGGGGUAAAGUUACAACGAAUUGGGAUAAAAAAAACAGUUCAAGUGGAAGUAAAUCAGAGUGGAAAAGUUCAACUCCUGCAGCUGAAAUGCCAACUGAGGAUUGUGGUAAUGCUGGUGGUAGCUGGGCCCAAAAAGAAUCAGAAAAUAAUGAUGAAGCUAGUGGCUGGAAGAAGGCCAAAGUUGAUGGUAAAAAAGAGGGAGGUUCUGCUUGGAGUAAACAGGGUGGGGGAUCUUCUUCGAAUAAACCAGAGGAAUCCACUUGGGGUAAACUAGAGGGAGGCUUUACAUGGAAUAAACAAGAUGGGGGGUCUUCCUGGAAUAAGCCGGAGGAAUCCUCUAGGAGUGAACAAGAGAGAGGGUCUACAUGGAGUAAACAAGGUGGGGGUUCUUGGAAUAAGCCGGAGGAAUCCAAUUGGGCUAAACAAGAGGGAGGAUCUUCUUGGAAUAAGCCAGAGGAUUCCACCCGUGGUAAACUAGAGGGAGGGUCUACAUGGAGUAAAAAAGAUGGGGGAUCUUCUUGGAAUAAGCCGGAGGAAUCCUCUUGGGGUAAACAAGAGGGAGGGUCUACAUGCAGUAAACAAGGUGGGGGUUCUUGGAAUAAGCAGGAGGAAUCCACUUGGGGUAAACAAGAGGGAGGGUCUUCCUGGAGUAAACAAGAUGGGGGAUCCUCUUGGAAUAAACAUGAGGGAGGCGAAUCUUUUAACAAACAGGAUAGAAGUCAAGAUUUUGGUGGUUGGAACAAAUCAUUUGAUGGAGGUCGUGGGUCAGGUGGGAGGAGAGGAAGAGGAGGGGGUCGAGGAGGUAUAGAUCAAUUUGGCAGCGGACGAUCAGGAGGUUGGUCUUCAGGAUGGAAUAGAGGAGGCGAACAAAACAACUGGAGUGGUGAUGAAAUCUCUACAAGGAACCCACCUGCUUGGAGCAAUGAUCAAGGUGGCAGUUGGGGUAAGUCUAGAGAAGAAGUACAGAAGAAAACAGAUUCUUCUUGGGGGGAUAAUGGAGCAGGAUGGAACAGAAGCCAUGGAGCAGAUAAAGAGGGAGGUGAAAGUGGGGACAAACCCUCUUCGGACAAGAAAUCGAGUUGGGGUAAUGACCAUGGUGAAUGUCAGGAUAGGGAUAAAGGUUUUGCUGCUAAUCAAUCAGCUGGUGGGAACUGGUCUUCAGAUUGGACUCGAGGCAGCAAAACGAACAUGGGAAAAGCUUCUGCAGGUGACAGUUCUGCAGGUUGGACAAGCGGAACAACUGGGGAAGGUGGUGCAGAGCAAUCUAACUGGGGUGCUCCCAAAGCUUCCAAUUCUUCAAGCUGGGGUAAUAAAGAUGGUAAUGUGGAUGCUAACCAGCCCUCUGGCUGGGGCAGCAAAAACGAUGGGAAAUCUUUGGAUGGAGGAUCAACAAAGGGAUGGGGUCAAAGUGCUAGCUGGGGAAGUGGGUCAAAUGACACAGAUAAAAAUAAUGAUUCAGAUUGGGGAAAAAAGAGCGGCUGGAACUCCGGAUUGGGAGAUUCGGGUGGAAAUGGAGGGUCAUCAUGGGGCAGGAAAAGCACCUGGAACUCUGGAUCGAAUGAUGCUGAUGGGAAUCAGGACUCUGGUUGGGGCAAGAAAAGCAGUUGGAACUCCGGAUCAAAUGAUGCAGAUGGGGAUCAGAAUUCUGGUUGGGGCAAGACAAGCAAUUGGAACUCUGGUUCCAGUGAUGUAAAUGUGAAUCAGGAUUCUGGUUGGGGCAAGAAAGGCAACUGGAACUCUGGAUCUGCUGAUGCAAGCCAGGAUUCUUCUGGUUGGGGUAAGAAAAGCAGUUGGAACUCUGGAGACAAUGGGGACCAAACUGAAAGUAGAGCAGAUGGUGGGAAUUGGAGGGGUGGUUAUGGAGGAAGAGGUGGUUCUGACAGAGGGGGUUUUAGAGGUAGAGGGGAGAGGGGAGGUUUUGGAGGUAGAAAUGGUUCAGACAGAGGAGGCUAUGGGGGCAGAUGCAGAUCUGAUAGAGGGGGAUUUGGUGGUAGGGGUGGUUCUGACAGAGGAGGCUUUAGAGGUAGAGGGGAUAGAGGAGGAUAUGGUGGUAGAGGCGGUGGAAGGAGGGAUUAUGGUGGUGGUGGUUGGAAUGACAACAAUGACUCUGGUGGAGACAAGGCCUUUGACUGGAAGAGCGGGGCAAAUAAUAACAGUGGAGGCUGGAAAAGUAGCAAUGGAGGCAGUUGGAACCAAGGAGGUGCUGAUAAGGAUAAGGAGCAAUUGCAGAGUUGGAAUUCUGGAAAUAGUGGAGCUAAAAAUCAAGCUGGUGGUUGGAGUAGCCAGGGUUCAAGCUGGAACCAAUCAAACCAGGAAGAAAAAGUUUCUGAGGAUUCUGGUGGUGGCUGGAAAAAAGAACCUGGUUCUUCUCAAGGUGGUGGCUGGAAAAAGGAAUCGGGUUCUUCCUCUGAAGGUGGUGGCUGGAACAAAGAACAGAGUUCUGGUGCUCAAGGUGGUGGUGGAGCCUGGAACAAAGAACAGGGCUCUAGUGCUGAAGGCGGCGGCGGUGGCAGUGGCGGCGGCGGCUGGAACAAAGAAACUGGUUCUACUGGUGGUGGUGGCUGGAACAAAGAACAGGUUUCAGGUUGGAGCAAAGGUGCUGGUUUGGGAGAUGCGGUCACAAAUGGAGAUCAGGCUAAGACUUGGAAUGAGUCUAGCGGGGAUCAAUCAUCUGGUUGGAAUCAAUUAAAAGAAGGAAGUAAUGUGGGUGGGGAAUCCACUGAUUCAUGGGGUAAAGCAUCUGCAAGCUCUUGGGGGGCGAACAAGGGAGACAGUGGAAGUAGCAAAGGUGGAUGGUAAGCAGUCCACUAAAUUAAGUCAUGUCACUCAUCUUAGGGCGCUGAAGGUUUGGGGAUCUGUAUAUAUUUCUUUACUUUUGUUUUUGCACAAUAGUGUCUGAGACAGUAUGUUCUUGUGAACAAUGCACUAGUCUUUUACUCACACAUUUUGGACCUUUUUAUACAUAUGCAGAUCUUGUCUGAGGAUGGAGUUCAGGGUUUUAAGACUGUACGUGCAUGGUUAAAACAUACAUUUAGUAGACUAUUUUUGGCAUUUGUACAAGCAAUGCUCAACUUUCGAUAUUUCAGUAUGUUAUCGUUGAAUUUAUACUACCGAGCAUUUAUGAACCAUGCAGCACUUCUUGGACAAAAA